AUGUUCGGUGCCUUUGGUGGUCUGGGCCUCCCUGUAGGUACCGAUCCAGAAAGAGAACGUCCCCCUCCCACCGCCGCGACCCCUCUCGACUUCCCCAUCUACAACCUCCCCGACCCCGCAGAAGAAGACGCGGAACCCGCCCUCAAAGACCUAUACAACGACUUAAUCACCAUAAAACGACCCCAGGAUAUCACACCAUCGAGGUUCCGGGCGUUCAACCUGAAAGUGGAGUCGGAGGUCCCUGCAUCGCGCAUUGUUCGACAUGACACUACGAGCUCCAUCCCGCCAUUGCCUUGUGAGGACAGUACGGCUGGAGAGGGAGACCAAAAUGGCCAACCGGCACUGAUGGGAAAUGACAAUCGGCAUCCGGAUAAAGAGCGGUUCGAAGGGUUGAGGAAUGAGUUGCUGAUUGAGAACGACGAUGGGUUCCGGGAGGUUAGUCGGAUGCCGCCGCGGGAGGGUCGUCAGAGGGUGAGGAUCGCGCAGACGAGGAAGUUCUGGGUGGGAUUUGAGCGGAUGGCUCUGUAUUGGGAUACCAGUUUGGAUAAUUACUUUGAGCGUCCUGCUACGCCAGAGCCGCAGCCGGAGGAUAAGGGAGAUAAGAUGCAGAUGGACGAUGACAACACACAAACAUUGGAGAGAAAUAAAUCGAUGGAUGUCGACCAACCUGCACAGACGAAUGGUAACGACUCCAAUGGCGAUUCAAGAUCUCGAACUCCGGUGGCAAGGUACACUGGGCGCCGUGUGGGUGCCGGACACGAAAUGCCCGAAGAUGCCCGUGAGGAAACCGUUCGAGCCUUUGUCGAAAUGGCCGCCUGGCCCUUUGGCUGCCAAGUCAGCAUUCCCACAAUUCCCCCACGGCUAGCUGUCAAGACACUGCUCUUUCCUGUCCGAAUGACGUUCGAAACAGGCCGCUCACCUAAAGACCGAACACAAGCCCGGAGCGGCGUCCUAGAGGGUCCAGUUUUCGUUGGCCAAUGCCGUUCCGAAACUGCCUUUCGAAAUCCCGAGGAAAACCCCGGCUCUGGGAUUGGUGACACCGGCGAUGUAUUCCGGGAGGUGGGUGCAAUGCUACUCGCUGCUCAAGAACGCGCGCGCGAAGGAGUCACCGAUGUCCGUCCUGGUGAGGGCCAAUGGUGGACGACGGCACCCCGCUGGGGAGGGGGAACGAGCGAGGGGCCAGAAGGCGAGCAUCACACCGAGGAGGAUAGUAAUAGCCACGAAAAGGAGAAACCACAUAAACGGUCUAAAUACGACCAUCCGUUCCUGGCAAUGCGGCGUCCACGGAGAGUGUCGAAUGCAGAUAGAUGGAAGGCUGUGCAGCCGGGACCGAGUCUCUGGGAGAAAAGGAUGAGGUAUAUGCAGAUUGGGAAAACCGCGGGUAGUUUAUACGAUGAUAUCUACAUGGUAUCUUCAAUCAACCACCACGUCUCCAUCCUGCACCUACGCGUCCACCGUCGAUAUCUCGAAAUUUUAACGACAGGAGAAAGCGACUGUACAACCGAGUCAGACGAGAACCAGCCAUGGUACGUAUUGAAGCUGCGGCGGACGAGAUGGUAUGACUUUUUCGAAGCGAAGGAUCGCGUCGAGGCGUUUGAGGGUGUAUGGCGGAUUUUCCAUUAUACCUUGCGGAGGGCUUAG